AUUCAAAAUCAAUUCUAGAAGAAGGAGAACGAAUUAUCUUCGUAGAACAGUGCCGAAGAGGAGACACCGACGCCAGUAGUUGCGGGAUAUACGCCUCUAGUAAAUACCCUCUUGCACCACCCGCGUUUUCGUUUUCGUAUCUUCAAAUAUUUUUCUGAGAAGCAAGACCAAAGCUUUCGAGCAACACAAGCAAAUGGCAUACAGCAAGCGCUACGGAGAAGCUGACCGUGGUUGCUCAGACAGAACAGGGCCCGAAUGCUAAUGCGGCCCUUGCGCUCGUCGACUCUUGACAGUUAUACCUAUAGCGGUCCCUGCGUUUGGUCUCCAUCAGUAGCCUUGCUGGUCUCGAGCAAGGAAGCACUACACGACGACAAGUGUGGUAUCCGUCUCCUGCAAUCACCGUCGUUUGGCGUCGAAUAAAGUCGUUAGAACGAGAGCUACGUCGGCAUCACGAGAGGAGGAUUCGUGACAUGGUUCUGGGGCAACGUGAACCUGCAGCAGUACCAAUUUUUUCUCAGGUACAACUCCAAAAGUGACGUCGAAUUGAGACUGGCUGCAGUGAUGGUUGCAGGAAACAAGACGAAUUUCAAAGUCGGCGACCGCGUCCAUGCCCGAUGGGUUCAAAAUGGCUCUUACUACCCCGCGACGAUCAAAGAACUCAGGGCGAAAAAGGGUAUCUUGUACAGGUUGAGAAUGUGAAUGAUUUUGCUUUCCUCGGAUCACCAACACUAUCGCACGCGCACCAUAUGAAGUCGGAAAAUUUUGCUUUCGGAUCACCAAACCUAUAUAUGACGCAGGGCCGAACGGCCCCCCCAACACCCCCUUGGGGUCUGGUCUGUGGUGGCGCGCCCGCGCGCUUUUCCGCGCGGAUUUUUCGCGGAUUCUAGUGAUGGAAGGCGUCAAAACCUGGCGCGGGCCUCCCCUUGGGCCUCUCAGCGUGAUCCUAAGGGCCACGGUCGCAAGAGCAAGCAAGCCGAUGACCAAGGGCCCGGAGGGUACGGGCGGCACGGCUCAGGGGGUCCAGCCCCUCGCCUUUUGCCGUCUUCGGAGGCCUUCCGCCGCCGGUGCACUGCUGCGGCGGCGAAGCGUAACGGAUGCACUGAGGGCGCAGGCGGUCCCGUGGGCCCCUUUUGUCUAUUGCCAUCUAACCCCUCGAGUCUGUAGGUUACAUGCAAACGAGAAGGAGGCAGCGAGCCCCUUGGCCCCCCCUUGAGGCCUUCCACCUACUUCCCAGGCCUCCAGGGGACACAAAGCUCCGGGAAGGGGCCGGGGGGGGCCCUUGGCCCCCUUUUGGGGCCUUCCCCCCCCGGCAGACGCCUCCAAAAGGGGCCCAGGGCGCCCGGCCCCCCCCGGGGCCGUCGGCCCGCGCCCUGGAACCUAUAUAAAAUGUUCAGCAGAAGUCCUUAUUGUACUUUCAGUUCAUACUCAUUCCUCAACAUCGAGAACAUGAAUUCUGUUCAUCAGGUCAAGCAGUAGUCGAUUGGGACGAUGGCGACACUAUUGACCGCAUUGUCCCUUUGCUGGACCUCACUUUGGUCGACGAUGCGAAGCCAUCCACGAGACAGCACAUCGACGAUGUCUGCAUCGUCAAGGACCUGCCGAACAAGGGUCGCUGCCUUUUCACCCGAGACGCGCUGAGAGCAGGGGACGUCAUCUUCUGCGAAAAGGCCACGCUAGUAGCCAUAGAAAGCAAGAGGCAAGACCUGUGGGAUGUGCUCAAGGAAAUGCACGAAGAAGAAUGUUUCGAUCUAGGAACAUGGACAUUCUUGUACGCAUCCUUGCUCUCGCUCUUGACGCUUCCCGAAGAAGAUAUCAAGGUAGAUCUGGAAGGGGUUGAAAAAUUACAUCAAAUCAUUUCUACAUCAUUCAAUCGUCCGGACAGCUAGUAGAUGAAUUAGGCCAUGUUUUAACUCGUCCGCAUUGUUUUUCUAAUAUUUCGGAAGAAAGAUUCAGUUUUCCCGGCUCAUGGGCGCAAUAAAGCCAUGCUCUCAGAAGUACAAGUAGAUGGGAGCUUAACAGGAACACACUACAGGUAGUAGCAGACAAGUUCGUGCCAGAUGGGGAGAACGAGGUGAUAUCAGACGAUGUGGAGCGGGUCUUCCGUGACCUCGAUUUCGUGAAGGUCUUCAAUAAGGGACGAGCCUUCCCAUCAGGGAGAACGUACACAAAGCACCUUGUGCAGGUACAAGACUUAGAAGAUGAAUAAAUAGAGAAUUCGAUAGCGAUACUUGCUUUCAUCUCGUUCUUCAUCUGUGCUUUGUCGUAUCCGCUCGCUAGCACUACAAACAAACUGAAAGUUUUUUCUUCAAUGCAACCACCACUACCACAGAAUCUUAUCAAUGCGUGGCGGUAUAACUCGUUUGGUCACCACACCGAAGACGGGCUGGUCUUGUAUAAUAGGAUAAGCAUGAUGGCGCAUGGGUGCGAUCCGAGCUGCUGUUGGACCUAUGGCGAUGAGGAUAGUUUCGUUCUGCGAUCACGAGUAGCACUUCCGCCCGGAGGAGAACUUACCAUCAGCUACCUUCAGGUAUAGCUACAAACAGAGAAACUCUUGGUCUUGCGUUGGUUGUGGAUGGUGAUCGACGUCAUGGAUUUUUUUUUGUUGGCUGCUCUGCAAUUCUGGUCAAAGAAAGUACUUGCUUCACUCACACAGGAUGACGACCUCCUGAAGGGCACAGACGUACGGCGGGGUAAGCUAGAAAAUUGGAGGUUUACGUGUGCCUGUAGCCGCUGCAGUCUCAAGGUGGACCUUUGCCGAGGAUUUCGUUGUCUCAAGUGCAGGGUUGGCGCACACUAUUAUAAAGAAAACUUCGACCGAGACCAUGAAAAGGAGCUCAAGAUUAUGACGGGUUUACAAUCCUGUCGAAGCAAGUAGUACUAUUGUGUCUGUGUCGUGGCCAGAAUGUCAAGAAUCCCAUGAGAAGAUGCCGGCUUUAUCGAAAGCAAAGAUAGAUCAGAAACAAGUUGACCACCAUCAUCUGAACCUCCACAGCAUGACUGGCUUAAGAGUCUUGAGAGCCUCUUCUAAACUACGCAAAGCAACGCCGUUUGCUAUAGGGAUGAAGCCGAGUAACAGCAACGUCGAGUCGACGCACUUUGGACGGAGCAGUCAGAAGAUCCUAAUGCAAGAAAAGUUUUUGAAAUUCCACAAGCACAACAUGGACAUGCUCCAGUCACCCAGAGCGAUGGCAUCGUCCUCCUAUGGUGGGGUUAUGAGUAGACGGAGUCCUAUAAUAUUAUAAAUGAAUCACGGAUCUUAAUCUUUUUUUGUCCUCCUUGGGCUUUUACUAGACGACGUCUAUAAUUGACGAAUUGGAAUUUUAGAGACUACAUCUACCAAAAGAGUUUCGCUAAUACCCAAGCUCGUCGUCCUCCUCGUCUUCGUCGGCGAGCAGCGCGCAAAUGAAGAUGGAUGUCGCGAACGCUAUAACUACGGCGGAUAUCAUGUCCUUAGAAGAUAGUGCAAGUCCAAGAUCGAACAGGAGAAGCAAUGAUAUGAAUAGAAAAGACCUGAGUUUAUCAUUUUUUUGGCUUAACCUUAAUCUGCCUAAUGUACAUGUAGUAUCUUUUUCUUUUUUGACCUUGUCGAUGGAAAAAGGCUCGACGGACGUCCUCAAAGUACUUAGGCAGCUUGAGCAUAGACGUUGGCUUCGUGGGUAGAAAAGUUAUUCCCUAGUUAGUAUUUAAUCUAAUCCCUGAAAAGGCAGUCCCGGGAAAGUUCGACCGCACGAGUGGCUCACGCCCUGUGACGUCUGCCAUGACGCAUGUAACGAUUUUUCUGCGAAACAGUGUCUUGACCUAGAACCCGAAUACACACAGAGGAUUGAAGCGCUCGAUAAAACCAACAUACAAGACGUGGAAUUGGUAUUCUUUCUUUUUGUUUUAUCCAAUUUGUUUAAUUUUCAGAACACGAAAAAGUGAAGUCAAUAUCGCUGUCUUUUACCUGGAUUUUUGCGCCAUCGACGGUAGAUGACAAGAUUAUGAACCAAUAGCGAUUGCGUCAAUACAGCAACGAGUCAUAUUUUUAGUUUUACUAGCUUUUAAGAAGUUGUACGGUGUAAAUUUAAAUCACAUUCUUGUUAUUGUCCUUUCACUUUUCGACCUUCAAAAACAAAAACUACAGGUUUAUAAUGCGGCUUUGGACUUUUUUCAUGAGAACCACUGGUGUGUGAACGCGUGCGAGCAGAUAUUGGCUGAGCACUACCAGGAAAAUGACAAGGGGACGUCGAUUCAGCAUUUGAGGAAUCGAGUUUUAUUCCAUGAGCGCUGUUUCGGCAGACCCAGUUUUAUAUGUUAAGACCCGUAUUACGAUUAAAAUUAUAACUUCGUCGUGAAACAAAUUGAGAAAAAUAUUAUGUAGUCCUCUUAGAGGGCAGAGCUGCAGUAGGGAUCGAAAAAAAACAAUCAAAAAGGCGAUGGCUGAUGUAAUUUCUAUUUCGCUAUUUCUAUAUAUAACCUUUUUACUACAACGACAUGUUCUUGUAUCCAGAACAAGGGGGGACUAAGUAGAGUGUCUUCUAAUUUCAGGCUGGAGAUUUGGAAACUCUUGCAGAUAUGUUGCAGAAAAGCAUACUGGGAAGUCCAAGCAGCAAGGAUAAGAAGAGCACAGCGGACAAGGCCACAAGCUCUCCGGGACCAGGAUCGAAGCCGCAAACUCAAAUGACGAAGCUCUCAGAGUGCCUCAAUUUAUAUCGAAAAGCACAGUCGCAGUUUUCGGUGUUGUGCGGUCCCAGUCAUCCCUAUUCACUAGCGACGCAGAACAAAUGGCAUGCAGUGCAGCAUCGCGUCAAUGCUCUUGCAACGGCUCCAACUUAGCUACUUGCCUUUAUCUUAUAUUUUAUUAAUAGUGGCAGCGAUGUUGGCACAUGUGUUCGCUUACCAGCAUUUUCUCAACACUACCGCGGCCGCUUUGAGAAUUGUGAAGCCGGGCAAGGAAGCAUACUGAAACUUACAAGUAGUUCAAACAGAAACAUGAUGACGACAAAUUAAGCCUACUAGUGACCUUCUUGUUCUCCCUUCAAUAUCUUCUCUUCUCAACUCUUCUUCUCUUUCUCUCCGUUCAAUUUCGUUUCCUGUUUCGGUUUUCUUUGUCUUACAGAUUCAGAUACGAAAUAUACAUCCUGCGAGUCCGAUGUUGUCUAGUAUAAAGGUUUUUGAAAAUAAGUUGAAGUUACCAAAUUAGUCGAGCAGUCGUGGUGGGACAGCGAGCGCCAUCCCAUCGCCCACGUUCGAAGAACAGCAACAGGGAAACGUUUCGCGAACCCGAAUCAUCGCAGUGAAAUUAAAUCUUCAACUCAGUUAAUGGCAAAGAUAAUGUUAAUGUUCGGCGUAGUUGUAGCUGUUACUCCUACUAGUAAGGGUUUACAAGGAUCAUUGAUGCAGUGCACGUUCAGUUAGUGUCAGAUCAUCGGGAUGACCAUGAAUAGCUCCUGAAUACUUGAAUUACAGAUCGAUGAGAAGAUAGAGAAAACAUAACUUUAUCGAUGGACGAUGUGUCAUGAUGCCUUUUAGUUUUUACAUAUGAGGAAGUACCGGAUUGAUCUAAGCCCUUCGUGCUUCUGCUUGACACGGUUACGGCUUCGGAGGCUAACCAGCAAAUGCAAACGAGAGAGCAGUCACUCUCAUCACUUAUUUCCUUUGAUGCACUGUGUCUGUGUCUGUGACUGUCACGACUUCAAUUCCGAUUUUUAUAGUCGUGGACAUGGCUAAGUAUUUUCAAUCGCAUAGAGCAGUAGCAUCACUGUACAGAAGCAAUGUCACGUAGGUACUAGGUAGCCGGCACCAUAUCACGUUGGUAGCCGAUUCCGAGCUACGUCAUGUUCAUAAAAAAAGUUCAUACAUGGUCGAUAUUCCAGUCAUCUUGCUGAUUCGUGAGGGUACAUUGUUGUACUUGUACUAUUCGCUGUGUUGAUUCAACUUCAAAAAGGUAUGGGUUUACUAGAAGUAGAAUUUUUACUAGUAGGCAAUUCUACUGAAUGGUAGUAUGAAGACAUCGAUGAAGAUGAUCUUCAUGUUUCGUGUAGCCGCCGAGUUUUUUACCGCCAUGGAUUGUAUCGCAGCAUUUGUUGGCAACCGCGUCCGCGUCAGGUUUUUUGGGUGUCUACGAAUCAAUGUUCGAUGAAAGAAAUACGAAUAACAGAGAGAUGAUAAUAGUGCAUUUUCAAAGAAAAGUCGCGCGGGUUUUUGUGGUUCUCUCACCCGGUGAGGUAGACAAAAUUGAAAGGAAGUGUUUCAAAUACGAG